CCUUCUGCUGCACGGUGUACGCAAUGCAUAUUCUUGUGGUGAACGACGACGGCCCUCCGUCGAACGAAUCCUCUCCGUAUGUCCAUUCGUUCGUCCACACACUACAGUCUGCUGGGCACACCGUCUCAGUAGUCCUUCCUCAUCAGCAGCGAUCAUGGAUUGGUAAAGCCCAUCUUAUUGGCGCUGCCGUCAAACCAACCUAUUUCCGGCCCGGAACGCUGCACAAAGAUGAUGGCACAACGCACGAGUACCCGCGCGGCGACAACGACCCAGACGGCGACGAGUGGAUUCUUAUAAACUCAACCCCCGCCAGUUGCGUGCAGAUUGGUCUCUAUCACUAUUUCCAGGACCGUGGGCCCGUUGACCUCGUGGUAUCCGGACCCAAUUAUGGCCGCAAUACCACGGCACUUUUCGCUAUGUCGAGCGGGACAAUCGGCGCUGCAAUGGAGGGCGCCGCAUGUGGAAAACGCUCGAUUGCCCUCUCGUAUGCCUUCAGCUCGCGCAAUCAUGACCCUGUCAUCAUCGCGGAGGCGUCUCGGCAUUCAGUACGGGUUAUUGAGUACCUCGCGAAAAACUGGGAUGAGGGUGUUGAUUUGUACAGCGUGAAUGUGCCGCUGGAACCUGGUGUGAGCGAAAGCAAAGUAAUGUAUACUGAGAUGCUCGAUAAUCGGUGGUCAUCCGGGAGUUGCUUUGACGCUGUUGAUGCCGAGGUACCGGUAGAAAACCCAGAGCAGCGAGAACAGACCCUGCGGGAUCAGGAGGAGAAGCUGGAAGAAGAUCCCACUGCGAACCCUAAUGCUAAGUCUGGAAGGAAAUCGCGGAUUGCCCAUAAGCAUUUUAUUUGGGCACCAAAGUUUACUGACGUCUAUCGGAGUGUGGAGGAAAGUGCGCCUGGGAAUGACGGCUGGACUGUCAAGGAGGGAAUGACGAGUGUUACUCCAUUAAAGGCUAAUUUCAUGCAUACGCCCGGUAUCAAAGGGGAGAUUAAGCUAUCGGAUAAUGAGGAGCCCGCCUUCUAUUCCAUAGUGGAUUGUGACGACCCCUACGUCCAAGAAUUGGUCGAGCAAGCACUCCGAUUUAGUAUGGGAUCCCGUUGCCGGUCUGUAUCCUCUAUAUCAGAGCUUCCCUCCCGGUCCACUCCAGUUUUCCAGUACCGCGAAUACGAACGUUUGGAUUUCGAGCACGCCAUGACGAACCCGACAACGUCCCUGAUAAACGCCUACAUCAUCCGCAAAGCUCUAAUUCGAAAACACUACCUCGCUAACACCGUCUCAAACUGGGUGACCAAGCACCCAGAAAGCGUGUUGGCGAAGCACGUCAAGGUCUCAGUGGACUUUGAACUCGACUAUGCUGAAUUCCUUGACGACGCUCUACUUGAGGCUUACGAACUUCGCGAAUGCUUUGAGGAGAACGAAUCCAGACCGGACUCAGAGAAGGUAUGGUGGAUUCUUAAACCGGGGAUGAGUGAUCGCGGACAGGGGAUUCGGCUGUUCAACAGCGAAGACCAGCUCCGUGAGAUAUUCGAGGAGUGGGAGCCUGAUUCUGAAGAUGAAGAAGAGGACGAAUGCGGGGAGGACGAUGGCAACGACGAGACCGACAAGGCUGCCACUAGCGGUGUGGUAACAUCCCAGCUCCGCCAUUUCAUCGCCCAACCCUACAUCGACCCGCCUCUCCUUCUCCCCUCUCUCAACAACCGCAAAUUCCACAUAAGAACCUACGUCCUCGCGACAGGCUCUCUGAAGGUGUACGUCUUUAAGGAGAUGCUCGCCCUCUUCGCAUCGAAGCCUUACGUCUCCCCUACCUCGCAGAACAAUGAGACCGAAGACUCAAUCGCCGACCUAACCCGCCACCUAACCAACACUUGCUUUCAAGACAAAUCCCUGCCAGAGUCUGAAACCGUCCGCCGCUUCUGGUGUCUCCCCUCCAUCCCGCCUCCAAAUACACAUCUAACCGCCACCUGGAAAGAAGAUAUUUACGAGCAAAUCUGCGCCGUCACAGGCGAGCUUUUCACCGCUGCGGCGCGCGGCAUGAUGAUCCAUUUCCAGACGAUGCCGAAUGCGUUUGAGGUCUUUGGAGUGGACUUUUUGGUCGAUGACACGGGCAAUGUGUGGUUGUUGGAAGUCAAUGCUUUCCCGGAUUUUGGACAGACUGGUGAGGAGCUCAGGGAUGUUGUUGUGGGCGGUUUAUUCAAAGGUGUGAUUGGUGUGGCUGUUAAGGGGUUCUUUGGUGAGGAGGGUAAGACGGAAGAGAAUGGGAUGAGGCUGGUUGCGGAGCUGGAUCUUGGGAGGAAGAAUUGAUUUCAGUAUUUGUGGUAAAGGAGGCAGGCGUUGUAGAGGGUAGUGUUAUAAAUAGACGAUAGUACAAAAGUUUCCAGGUCGAUUGGGAUUCUGUU